GUAAACAAUUACAGCUUCACUGACCUGUGAAGAAGAGAACAUCUUCGUUUCUAGUCCAAAGGCUGGAAACCGCUGUUGACUGAGGAGUUACUGUAACACGAAGCAAGGAAGAACAGGAAGACUGAGGACAGACCGUGGAUGCAUUUCAAGUUCGUCCAUGCAGCCCGACACGAUGAAACUGGUAAAGGCAUGGAUUUGUAUUCUUCAAUGUUUGGUGCUUUUGCGGAGUAGCACCGACGCUAAGACGCAUGUCGAACAUUUCAAUUGCAAUGAUGCCUUGGGAACCUACCUUAUCAGUGGAAAUAGCUGGCGUAUACAAGCGAGCGCUUUAGCUCCAUCACAAUGCACUUCGCGUAAUUACGUUCUCAUAACUCCCCAGGAUGUCGGCGGUACAUGUGUGCAGGAUUUCAUGAAACAUUUAAGCAACCGAUUGGGAGAAAACAUUACAGUCUGGGCCAGCGAUACUUCUUCUCUAUCAUGCUAUAAGAAUAUUCCAGUGCAGUGUCCUGCAACUGCUGCCGUCAUUUGCAAAAACAACUUACCGGCCGCAGCUUUAAACCAACCGAGUUGCAACAGGUCAGUGACCUUGAAUAAUGGAGUGGUUACAUAUCCAUCGGGUACAACUUUCCCAUCGCAAGCUAUCUUUGAUUGCGAUUCUGGAUACUACUUGAACGCUACGGGAAGUCGUCUAAGUGACUGUUUAAAUACAGCCUCAUGGAAAUGGCCGAAAACACCUGCUGAGUGUGAAGCUUACGAUUGCCAAUCAUCCCUUACAAUUCUUCGUGGAACGCUUUCUGGAAAUGCACCAGUAUUUAACGCAAGCUGCAACUCAGGUUACAAGUUAAUCGGUGAACCUCGGGUUACAUGUACCAGCGCCACUGAGAGCACAAAGAUACCGAUAUGCUUACAAAUCUUUCAGUGUAAGAACACUAUAUCAACGACAAUACAGAAUGGACACGUAGAAGGAACGGCGCCUCAGUUCACUGUUCGUUGCCACCAUGGUUUUCAACUGGUUGGCGAUGCUCAAGUUACAUGUACCAGCAAUACGACAAGUACAUGUGUACCGAAAUGUUUGCAAAUUACAUGCGGUGCUCCUCCAAUUCCGGUCAACGGAUUAACAAAUGCUUCCUCAUACAACGCUUUGAGCAAAGCAUCUUACAGCUGCAACAAUGGUUAUACACAGCAAGGCAAUGCCAGUGCAACGUGCGAGGCUAGUGGAAAUUGGUCUGGAACGCCACCUAUGUGCACAAGGGUGGCUUGUCCCUCUCCAGACGCGCCUUCAAACGGCAAUGUUAGUUACUCGUCACACAAAGGGUACGACAUUGCUACAUUCUCCUGCCACACAGGCUACAAGCUUAUUGGUCAAUCCUAUACUUCAUGUACUGUCAGUGGACAAUGGUCCAGUUCAUCACCUACGUGCUCAGAAAUCAAAUGUCUGCCUCUUCACCCACCUGAUAACGGCACUAUUGUUAGAAGCUCUCAAGGCCUCUUCGGUAUCACUGAGUUUGUCUGCAAUGAAGGAUACGUAAUCGCAGGCAAGUCAGCUAGAGUAUGCAUGACUGAUGGAAGCUGGUCGUCAAUUACACCCCGAUGCAAUGAGAUCAAAUGUCCGGCACUUCGUCCACUACCAUCUGGCAAGACUGUAGAAAGCUUUCCAGGCAUCGUCUUCUAUGCAUGCAAUGCAGGAUUUAAACUUGUAGGCACAUCAGCUUCAAGGUGUAUGGCUAAUGGAAACUGGUCGACUAGUAUGCCUCGAUGCGACCCAAUUCUAUGCUUACCAUUUGCUCCACCCAAGAAUGGUACAUUUGUACGAAGUUCACGGAGGGUGUUUGGCAUCACCGAGUUUGCAUGCAACGAAGGAUACGCACUCAAAGGGCAGAGAUCUUCAGUAUGUAAGGAGGAUGGAACCUGGUCAUCUAACGCACCCUCGUGUGAAGCAAUUCGAUGCUCACAACUUGCUCCACCCAAGAAUGGUACCGUUGUAAGAAGUUCUCUAGUGCUAUUUGGCAUCAUCGAGUUUGCGUGCAACGAUGGAUACGCACUCAAUGGGCAAAGAGCUGCAGUAUGUAAGGAGAAUGAAACCUGGUCAUCUAAAACACCCAUGUGUGAAGAAGUGAUCCAGUGCCCAAAAUUGGGUGAACCUGCUAACGGAACCAUUGUCAGAAACUCUCACGCUGUCCUUGGUGUCACUGAAUUCGCAUGCGAUGAAGGAUACUUACUCGUAGGCAAUUCAUCAUCAGUCUGCAUGAGCAAGGGAUAUUGGUCAUCUGAUGCUCCAAAGUGUCAAGAAAUUCGAUGCAGUAGUGACCUGGCUACACCGGAUCAUGGAGCUGCGACAUUCAUCUCCAAUAAAUUGUUCGAUGUCAUAACAUAUUCGUGUAACCCGGGAUAUCAACUUAUUGGCGACAUCAGCUCAAUUUGUCUUCCAUCUGGUAACUGGUCAACUGCUACUCCGUCUUGUGAAAGUAUUCUGUGCAAGGAUGUUCCCGCCGUCAACAACGGAAGCAUCAUUUCAUUAAAUAAUAUUCACACGAUAAAUGCAACUUCUAUUGCGGUCUGUAACCCUGGAUUCCAUCUUUAUAGCAAUAGAACAGUUCAAUGUGCCGAGGACGGCAGCUGGGACACAACGUCUCUUCCCGAUUGUAGACCCUUGCCAAACAUACCCGACAAGGAUUCACAGCUGGAGAAUGGCUCUGACAGUGUUCCGUAUCUGAUUGUGAUUGGCUGCCUCGGAUUUAUCGUAGUCAUCUUGGUUAUAAUCGUCAUUGCUCUCUUCAUACGGCAGCGUUCAGGCGUAGGAAAGCUUAUGGUCGCAGAUGAAAUGACAGUUCUUGACAAUGAAGCAUCAUCCGCAGGGUCUCGCUGGAAACAAAAUUCCGAACAGGCCGCCGAGAGUGGAUUGGAGUACGGCACCAUUGGCGAUGCUUGUAGUGAUGUGGAAAAUGUUGUCUAUGCGAGCACUACUGAUGUCACAGGUAUUUCCUCGGAUACAGCCAAGACUGCUCAAUCCUGCCCAGACGAAGCAGACGCUCAACCGGAUACAACAAGCCCGGUAGCUACGAAUGAUUACGAGGAAGUGGUCAUUACUAAACCUCCACCGAGAAAACCCCAACCAGAGACCAAUGAUGAGACCACGCUAGGCAACGGACAUGCAGAUACAGGAGCAGCAUCUGAGGAGCCUGAAAUCCUGUACACGACCGUACAAAUCACAAAGGGACCAAAUGGCACACCUGCUCCAACCUGCGAAGACGAGUCCACCACGUAUGCCUCCAUUGAUGUAAAGGCGAUGCGAAGUGAUCGUUAGCUGGAAAGUGGCUGUCCCACUGCAUUACGCAAUGCACUUCAUUGGGCGUGUUCUUUUUCUUUCCCAGAAUGUUACACCUUAGCAUUUCACCCCAUGUUCCAUGGCUCUGUAUGCACCAUCUCCUCAUGUUCCCACUGCAACUUCUCUUUUCUAAUUGCACACACCGUACCCUGUAGGCUAUAUGUACCAUCAACUUUCUGCUUAUGCAUUUGGUUUGCAUUGUACAAAUGCAUUUGCACAUGCGUUUUUCCAAACCCCUAAAUAAUCGCAUUUCACAAAAGGUCACGUGAUUCCGUAUGCAUCAUCAUCUCAUGUUGCUAUUGCCACUUCUUUUUUUUACGAUUGGCGCAUACUGUAACAUUAUAGGCUACUCUUAAGGUCUAAAUAAUCAUGCUUAUACGUGUUGUGACAAAGGUACACUUCCUAUUUCGCUGCAAACAUAUUCUUUUGUGAAUUUCUGUGCAUGAGCACAUGUAUUCUUUUUAAAUCCCUGAACAUUUUGCUUUUAAGCAAUGCUCAGACUCGUGUGAAAUUGCAGCAUAAUCGCUUUCUGCCUGACUUUCAGUUUAUCACAAUUCUGCAUCACAUACUCCUAUUAAGGUGCCUUCCGCCACAUUUUUUCUCUCCUGGACGUAUAUUUUGCACGGAAUGCAUGAAACUAUUCAUAUAACUCUUCCCCAAUAUGACCAUGAUUCUCACUGCAGAAAAUAUGUUCAGCAAGGUUUUGCCGUUUCAGGACAUUUCAGUUAUUUCGCUGCUUGGCAACAAUUCUUGUUUAGUUUUCAACCAAACCUUAUCACGUUUCAUUUUUUGUCUACCUCUUCACAUGUGCGAAUAACAGAAAUUCCUACGUACAAACAUAUUCAGUUUGCUAGCUGGAGAAGAAUGAGGCCAGUACGUUAUAAAGGUUGCUCACUAAUGCAACGUCCUCUAGCUUUCUUGCUUUUUCACGAAUCCAUUAUCUCUAGCCAACGUAUGAUGCUGGAAAUUCAUGAGUUCAACCGGCGUUAGUAGCUUGUUGAAUGUCAUUCUAUGAGGGCGUAUGAAACUCAGUGUGCUAUUUAAAUUAUUUGGAUUCA